CACCUCCAGCAAUGCAGCUGGAGAUUCCCGAAGCUCCGCCGCCCGAACCGUAAAAAAAACCCGACCCGAGUCCAAACCAGAACAAACGGCCACGUAUCCGCAAUGCCUCCGGCGCAGAAUCUCAAGCACCAGGUGUUCACGUGCCUCACGAAGCUCUCCGACCGUGACACGCACUCUCUCGCCGCGACGGAGCUCGAGUCUAUAGCUCGGAGUCUUGACCCGACCACCGUGCCGACUUUCCUCUCAUGCAUCCACGCCACCGACGCCUCCGACAAGUCGCCGGUGAGGAAGCAAUGCGUGCACCUAAUCGCCGUCCUCUCCGAAAUCCACGGCGACGCGCUGGCGCCGCACCUCUCGAAAAUGCUCGGCAACAUCACCAAGCGCCUCCGCGACCCCGACUCCGCCGUCCGAUCCGCCUGCCAAAACGCCGUCGCUUCGCUCUCCUGCCACGUCACCAAGCCGCCGUUCAGCUCGUUCUCGAAGCCGCUCACCGAGGCGCUGUUCACGGAGCAGGACGUGCACUCGCAGAUCGGCGCGGCGCUCUGCCUGGCCUCGGCGAUCGACGCAGCGGCCGACCCCGAGCCGGCCAGGCUGGCGAAGCUGUUGCCGAAGUUCGAGAGGCUACUGAAGAGUGACAGCUUCAAGGCCAAGCCGGCGCUCUUGACGCUGAUCGGGAGUGUGAUCGGAGCAGGCGGCGCGUCCGGUCAGGGAGCUCUGAGGAAUCUGGUUCCUUGCUUGGUGAACUUCCUGAGUUCCGAUGACUGGGCGGCGAGGAAGGCGGCGGCCGAAGGCUUAACGAAGCUGGCGGUUGCAGAGAGAGACUCGUUGUCUGAAUUCAAAGCUGGCUCUUUGAGAACUUUCGAGAGUCGGAAAUUCGAUAAGGUGAAGGGUGUUAGGGAGGUUAUGAAUCACAUGAUGGAGGCUUGGAAGCAGAUUCCUGAUCUCUCCGACGAGGCUUCUCCGCCGCCGGCGGAUUCAAAUGCUUCUUCCAGAGGUCCAGAGAAUGGAAGUGAUGGAAGGUAUCCUGCUGGGGCCAGGAUUUGUGGUGCUUCUGGUGUUGAAGCUCCUCAAUCCAGGAAGAAACACAUCUUGGCUAACAGAUUGACUCCACCUGAUAGUUCUUAUGCUACCACUGCUAGGAAGAGAAGCCCUUUCAAGAGUAACGAGAAGAAGACUCCAUCAAUGUUUCGAAGGUCAGAACACAAGAAGCCUUUGGAUAUGGAAGUUGAGAUUGCUGCUGGUAAUGCUUCAGGGGCUUUCCGUGAUUGUUAUGAGGGGGAUGAAAAUGCCCCGGAAAGGAUCAAUGAAAAGACUAGAUUUUCAAAGCCAGAAACUAAGAGGGCCUUGUUCCAAAAGAGUUCUGAUAACAAAGUGCUAAAGUUUGGGGGGUCGAGGGCUGGAUCUCGUGUUGCUCCAUAUCUUGAGGAGACCUCAGAAUCUACAGUUGUUGUCAGUAAUGCUACAGAGGAUAUCCAUAAGAACCACAGAGAAUGUGAGGAUUUGUCCCUUAUCCGCAGUCAACUUAGCCAGAUUGAAAAGCAGCAGUCCAAUUUAUUUGAUCUCCUGCAGAGAUUCAUUGGUAGCUCACAAAACGGAAUGCAUUCUCUGGAGACACGAGUUCAUGGGCUAGAGCUAGCUCUGGAUGAGAUCUCCUAUGAUUUGGCUUUGUCAAGUGGAAGGAUGACUAAUCUCGAGUCACGUGGCAAAACUUGUUGCAUGCUACCUGGUGCUGACUUUUGGAGCACCAAGUUCUGGAAGAAAACAGAAGGCAGGUACUCAGCCUCAAGGAUUUCUAAUUCCAGGGCUGCAGCUGCAACAGCCUUGCGUUACAAAGCUGAUAACAAUGGCAGUGCUGAAACAUCUAUGCUGGAGAACCGUAGGUUUCGGCUCCAGGAUAGGAAUGGAUUCAUUGUAAACCCUUUGGCAGAGAUUCAGACCGACUCAAGAGGUAUAUCAGAGGUGGCACGUCGCUAGCCAGUUGAAUCAGCAGAUCUGCAGCAUAAUACCAGGUGGAAAGUUUUAGUCUAUUCUCAGUCUUGUGCUGAGCAUUCGACAUGAAACAAUACUAGCUACAAAGGCAGUCUGUUUGUGGUAUGUGCUUAUUGCAAACAUCCAAUACGACUAUCUACUACACAAGUAUUAUUUUCAUACGACUUGCAGAAGAUACCAAAGAAGAAAAAACUUUAUCAAGCGCAGCUUUCCUUGUUCAGUUUGUUCUUGGUUGUAUGAUUCAAAGAAAUCAGAUUUAUCAUUGAUAUACGAAUGCCACGAUCUUGGAACAGAGGUUGUAACGUGUAUAGAGGAUUUACUAGGGCUUUCAUUCUCAUUAGCUGGGGAUUGUUUUGUAUCUGGAUCCUUUGUUAUUAUUAUAUUUGGCCCUGAAAGAACUAUUGAGAUCUGAUGAUGGUGAUUGGUGAUGCAUUUUAUAUUUCUAUAGUUUCCAGAUAGUUGUUGCUUUGGCAUGAAGCAAAGACAGAUCAAAGUACUGUAAUUAGAACUUCUGUCUUAAUCAACUGCUUUGCCGACAAUGUGAUUC